GGACGGCAGGUGGAAGUGCGCUGCGGGCGGGGCGGGGCUGAGCCGGCUCUUUCUUCCUGGGCAGGCGCUUCUCGUGGCCUGCCCCUCUCGGCCCCUCGCCCACUGGGCUGCGCUGCGCUCCCCUCUCCGCUGUGGCGCAGGCUCGGAGGCGGCCGCCUGGGGUCCCGCGUCCGCAGCUGGGAAAACCCCGACUGCCCGGCAGCGCCCAGGGCCCCGGAGCAACUGGUGGGACGCCCCGGCGCGGGGCGCACGGGCAGAGCGGAUCGGAGCUUCCCGAGAGCCGGCGCCAUGGUGGAGGAGAACCUGGAGCGAUGCCAGAAGGAGACAGAGGAGGUGACUCAGAUCAUGCUGGUCAACUACUCCAAGGUGCUGGACCGGGAGGCCAAGCUCAGUGACCUGGAUGACAGAGCAGAUGAGCUCCGUAACAUGAGCUCAGCCUUCAGCAAGACGACAAAGACAGUGGCGCAGAAGAAGCGCUGGGAGAACAGGAAGUACAGGAUAGUCCUGGCGGCGGUCGUGGUGCUCAUGGCGCUAAUCAUCCUGGCCGUGGUUCUGUGGCUGUCGCUGCGCGGGGCCGGGAGCCAGGCCGCCGGGAGCCAGGCCGCCGAGAGCCGGGCCGCCACCACGCAGGGUGACUGAGGGAAGGAGACGACCCAGCGUCCUCUCUGCUAGGGACGCAGCUGCCCUGGGCUCAGUGCAAUAUGGACACAGCGCGCGGGGAGACUGCCGGGGCUGCCAGUGGAGCUGGGGAUUUUCUUUAGCUAUUUGGAAAGGCCCCUUUGGAGAUGGGUCACAACACUAGGAAACAAUAUUGACAGCCCAGCUCCAGGGAGCAACCCUACAAAAACGACCCCCUAAUGAUCAGCCCAGGGCUCAAGAGCAACCCUACAAUAACAAACCAGUGUGUGCAGCCCAGUUCUGACAUACAAUCCCCCAAUAACAACCCAUUGGGAUCAGCCCCAGCAACCCUACAAUAACACCCGCAGUCCCUGGGAAGGGACCCUAGCAAGGGAGAAGGCCCCUGCGUUAGGUUUCCCAGCAGGUCAGGUAGAUAAACGCUCACAAGUGCCUUAAGCUUUAGUUAGACUACUGUAGGGUGGGGAGGAGAGGUUUGCAGACAGCUGUGCUUCAUGAAGUGUAUCGUGUGUGGUAGACCUGGUUUUAAGACCGGCCCCCAGAUCUGUUUAAAGCUCUCGCUGCCCUGCGCCACAGCCUUUUGCACCAGUCCCAGCACUGCUGAGGGCAGGUCAGUAAAGACAGAUUGUUUGUAAAA